AUGCUCGCUUCAAGACUUGGGUUUCGGACAGCGACGCGAUCGCUGCAUGUUCGGCCUCGGUUCCAAGCACAAGCACAAGCACAUACUAAGCGACUGUCAGGACAUCAACUGCGCCAAUUUGCAGAUCGUUCACCAUACAGCCAAAGGAAUGGACAACAGCAAUGGAGCCGGAUUGGCCCUGUGCGAAAUGCUCAGUAUCUCUGGAGAUACCACCGAACUGCUGUCUUGUCGGUUGGCGGUGCUGGCGUUGUGUUCUACGUGUACAACCUCGAGGAAGUCCCGAUCACACAUCGUCGACGGUUCAAUAUCUACUCUCCAGAGACUGAGAAAGCGCAAGCCGGUGGUCCACAGGCCUAUAAUAUGAUUCUCGACCAAUUCCGGGGGAAGGUUCUUCCAGGGGACCAUCCUACAACAGCAAUGGUAGCCCGUGUUGUCGAACGUCUACUCCCAUCAACCGGGGGAUUGGCCGGGGAUGAGUGGCGGGUACACGUCAUCGAUGACCCGGAACAAAAGAACGCGUUUGUUCUGCCAGGCGGCAAAGUGUUUGUGUUCACCGGCAUCCUACCAAUCUGCCAAACUGAAGCAGGCAUCGCUGCUGUCUUGGGACACGAGAUUGCCCAUAAUGUUGCGCAUCACGCAGCCGAACGGUUGUCCAGCAGACUACCCCUUGCUGCUGCGUCUAUUAUUAUCCAGUUAGUCUUCCAGACUGACGCCUUCCUUUCUGAUUCUGCCGUGAAUCUUCUGCUGGAUCUCCCGCACUCACGAACCCAAGAAGCCGAGGCCGACCAUAUUGGUCUCUUGUUAAUGGCCGAGGCGUGUUAUGAUCCUCGAGAAGCGGUAGCAUUCUGGACACGCAUGAAGAAGGCAGAGAAAUACGAACCUCCUCAAUUCCUAUCGACACAUCCGACGCAUUAUAAUCGCAGCGAAUCACUGAAGCAGUGGAUGCCAGAAGCUCUAAGAAAGUAUGAAGACAGUGGCUGUGAAGCCACCGGCCGGUCUUUCAGAGAUUUCGUCGGUACAAUGGGUAAACAACUUCCAGCACCUUGA